UGUUUGAACCUCGCGAGGGAAGGUGUUGCGGCGCGGCCCGGCGGGAGUGUUACAAUGUGCCUUUGGUCCUGGCAGUGACGCGAGCCAGUGCUUCCCCUCACGGCCCUAACAGUGACCUUUAGUGGUGUGUCAGGCUGUCCGGGAGGGAAGGAACAGUAGAAGCAGCAAGAGGAAACAAGACGAGACGAAAAAUCACCGAAACUUUGACAUUGGAAACAUCCACGAAGGGAUUUUGGAGGGAAGACACGCCUCAACGACCUCUUCUUCUACGGAGUGGAGGAUAUUUUUGCUCGGCGCGGCGUGGGCGUGGACGUGAUCAGCGGGGCGCGGCUUCCCUUCCCCUCCCCCCCUGCCCGCCGGCCUUCAGGGCGGGCGUCCAUGGCAGAGGCGGCGCCGCCAGUAGGAUGUCGAGCAGCCGCCGCGGCGCGCCCCUGUCCCCCGCCGCCCUCGCCGCCACGCUGCAGGAGGUGCAGGCGGCGUUGCACCGCCGGGCUUCCCCGGCCGAAUGGUCGCUGAGAGCAGAGCGGCGCGAGGCCCCCCCGCAGGAGGAGGACGUGAGCGAGGCCUUCGGGGCGUGCCAGACCAUCGAGUGGAAGGAGCAGGAGUUCCUGUACCUCAGGUCCAGGGUGGACGGCCUCGCGCGGCGCGAGGCUGACUGUGCAGCCCACCCCACCGGCAGAGUGGGCGGCGGGGCGGCGCUGCCCCCCGUGCACAGGAUGCUACUCAGGUCUGUGUCCACGCCCGACGCCCCCAGCCUGGAGGGCCUCAGCCACUCCUCGCUGCAGCGGCCGCGGCGGCCGUCCCUGGCGCUGGACGGGGCUGCCUGUGGCUGCGGCGGGUGGGCGGGCGAGGCGGCGCGGGCGUGUGAGCAGCGCGCCCUGCACGAGGCCUCCAGCCAGGUGCAGGCCAAGAUCGUGUCCUACGUUAAGUCGGCGGCGUGGGCGUCCCGGGAGUCACUGUUGUCCGCGGCCUCCUUCUGCCUGGACUCCAGCGAGGAGGAGAGCGAGGGGGAGGCGCGGGAGGGCAGCGUGGUGCAGGGCGGCGGUCCUCCUCGGUCCGUGUCGGAGGAGACGCUCACGUACUCACUGGAGCCGCCCGCAGCACCGGCCCUCAGCGCUGAGGGCGAGGCACCGCCCCGCCCCGCCAGCCCCGCCAGCCCGGUGGCCAGGCACAGCUUCUCCUCCAUCCUGGACUCCAUCCCUCACAUCGACUCCUCUGACGAGGAGGGGGAGGCAGAGGAGGGGGAGGAGGAGGAAGAUAACAAAGAGGAGAAGGAAGAGAAGAGUGAGGCGGCACAGCAGGACGAGGAGCAGGAGGAGGAAGUGGAGGCAGCGUCAGGGCACGCGUUUCAGCCUGACAUGCCCCCACUGUGCCAGCCGGAGGAGGACCUGUGCGGCGAGACGAGGGACGCCGCGCCCCGCCGCCAGCCCCCAGAUUCGUGCCCGCAAAAUGACGCACCAACACCGAGCCACACCCAGAACCACACCCACCACCACCCUCACUCCACCCACACCACCGGCAGCCACACCAGGUCCUCCUCCCUGCCCCCCAGCCACACCCAUACGCACACCAACGCCCGUAGCAGCAAGAGGAGGUAUAGCCACACCAUCCUGAGACACAUCCCAAGGCCAGAGAGACACACCUCCGGCCAGACUCCACCUCGCUCAUCUGCCUCUUCCUCCUCCUCUUCGUCUUCCUCUUCUUCGUCUUCCUCUUCCUCUUCCCGUGAUGCUUCGCCUGGGAAAGGAAGAAGAGCUGCGGCGUUGACAGGUGGACUGACGAAGGGCGGUGUGGGUCUGGUGGAAGCUUGGGACUCGACGCACCCCCACCUCGCCGCCGCCCUCGCCGCCUGCCUGGGCCCGGCUCUGCCCCGCUCCCUGCUGCUCCUGCUUCCCGCCGAGGGCCUCCGUGCCGCGAACCUCAUCCACGUAAUGAAGGAGCGAGUGUGGGCGGAGCUACGAACAUGGGCGGAGCUGCGAGUGUGGGUGGUCGCUGCCACACCCACGGCCGCCCACCACGCCCGUAAGACACUGCACCGCGCCCGCCUCAAGGCCGAGGUGGUGACCCAGACGCAGCUCCACGAGAGGGUGUCACGUGACCAGCUGACCGCCAGAUACGGAGGCACGCUGAGGCCCGACCUGCCCCGCCCCCCUCGAUGCUGCCCCCCGCUGCUCCAGCUGCGGGAGAGACUAGUGGAGGAGUUACGCCCUUGGGUCACGACUCUUGCCUCCUCCAUCUUGAUCCACACACCUCCCACCUCCUCCUCCACAUCCCCAUCCCCCUCCUCGCCCCCCGCCCCACACUCCCUCGCGCCCCCGGACGUGUCGGGCCUGAGGAGCAGUGUGACCAGUGCCAAACGAAUCCUACGGGAGAUGCAGGACCUGUGCCAAAGUUACUUCAGCACCCCCGCCGCCAGGGGCUGCGUGGAGGAGUGUGAGAGGCUGGUGGCGGCGGCGGCGGCGGUGCUGGAGACGGCCACGCCCUCCCGACAUUCACGACUGCUACAGGAAGCCGACGCGGUGGUGGCGUGGCUCCUGGGUCGCGGCGAGGAGACCCUAGCGCACCAUCAGACCCUCGCCGACACCCUCACAGGCAUCACGCGGCAACAGACAGACUUCAACAGGUUCUCCUCCGUCGCUAUGGUGAGUGUUGCCUCUACUUUUGUGUUCCUUACUUUGGUUACUGUGUUGCGUGUACCUAGAAUUUGCCAGUGAUUUCUUAGGGUCGUA